AUGGUUUCUGUAGAUGAAGAGGGAUUAAUUGCUGGAUUCUAUAUGGGAAUUUUAGAUUGUGCAGUCAGAAAUAGUAGAAAUGAUUCUAAGAUUGACCCAAAGGUAUUAGAAAACUUGUCAUUGUAGGCUAGAAUGUGA